CUAUCUCUUAAACUCAUCCCACCUCCACUGUAGAAAUUUUUUUUUCAAAAGGAUACAGAGGGAAUCCCUGCGAAUCUGCAAAUCUCUGCGAAAGUCUCCCCCUCUCUCUCUAUUGCUCUCUCUCUCUUCAAUUACUUCAUCCCCAAAUCUCUCUCUCGAAACUUAUCCCAACCUCCAGCUAACUCUUUUGUUCAAAAGUCACAGAGAACGAAUCUCACACGUACGCCUCUUCCCCAGGUCGAAGCUGCUUCGCGAAUAUCUUCUGUAAAAUUAAAGACCCAUCUUCUCAAACAUCUUCUCAACCCAGCUGGAAAUCUGGACCUUAUUUGAAGGGUUUGGUUGUAUAAAUGAGGAGGUGGACUACAUUCCAGGGGGAGCCCAAACCGACACCAAAUCCAGGCACCACGGAAGACCCGACGAAUUCCUCCUUCAGAUGUGCCAAAUGGCUUCUCCGGUCAACAAAGAUUCGAAGAUCUAGAGGGGACAAGCCCUUUCAAGUAAAACCACCUGGGAGCCAACCAUUGAAGAGGAAGCGAAGUUCCACCUCUCCUACUUCUUCAACCAACUCUUGUACUGGCGAAAACAUCGUUCAAUUGCCUACACCCAUGUCAUCCAGCGCUCAUCCAUGGCAUAACGAGGAUGAAGCUGUUACCAGCGAUGACGACGACUUACUUGAUCUCGAAUUUUUGGACUUAAUGGAAAAUGACAAGAAAAAAAUGCCACAACGAACUAGUGAAUUUACUGGUCAAGCGUACACAAAUUUUUUGUUGGAAAGACACCCUCAAACCAUAAAAGACGUUCUCCGUGUCGAUGCAUAUACAUUUAGAGGAUUGGUGGCUGAACUUCUUGCUAGAGGACAACUACAAUGGGAUCAUAAACGUGUUUGCCUAGAAGAGUCCUUGGCUAUUUUCUUAUACAUAUGUGGCCAUUCCCAACGCCAUCGAUUGGCUGCUGAUCGAUUCCAACGCUCCACGUCGACCAUAAGCGACCACUUCAAAUGGAUGCGUCGUGCUCUUUGCAACUUGGCACCCCACAUCAUUCAACCACCUAACCUUCAUGUAACGCCGCCUGAAAUAUUAAACGACGGUAGAUAUUACCCGUGGUUCCAGGAUUGUGUUGGAGCUAUAGAUGGAACACACAUAGAAGCUUGGGUACCGCGUCGUAGACAAGUUGCGUAUCGCGGGAGGAAGUCCACAAUAACACAGAAUGUUAUGGCUGCUUGUUCUUUCGAUAUGAAGUUCACUUUUGUGUUGCCCGGUUGGGAAGGAAGUGCCCAUGAUGGACGUGUAUUCCAAUCGGCAGUAACAACCCCGGGCUAUAACUUUCCGCACCCCCCACUCAAUAAGUACUAUUUGGUGGAUGCUGGAUAUACAAAUAUGCCGGGGUAUUUAGCUCCUUAUCGAGGAAGACGUUAUCACAGAGAGGAAUUUAAUGGGCAUAAUACGGAGUUCCACACGCCCAUGGAGUUGUUCAAUUACAAGCAUUCGUCGUUGAGGAAUGUGAUAGAGCGAUGCUUUGGAGUCCUAAAAGCAAGGUUCCCCAUCCUUAAGCACAUGCCAAGUUAUAAUGAAGCCCGUCAACCUGGAAUUGUAACUGCAUGUUGUGUUAUUCACAAUUGGAUAAUAAUGAACAGGGGGAGGGAUGAAUUUUUUGAUGACUUCGAGGACGACGGACAAUGGGAGGGCGGAGAGAACGAGGAAGGAAAUGAGGGAAAUGUGGGUCCGGUAGAGCCCUUCAACUUGUCGCCACAUAACACACAAUUGAUGGCUCAAAGGCGGACUGAAAUGGCUAACUGGAUGUGGGAGUCUUAUGAUGAUUGAUCUUUAAUUUAACUAGUUUCACCAUGAGAUUAUUGAAAACAAAAUUGAUUGAUUACGGAGAACGUGUUUUUAUUUCCGAUUUAUGUGAGGUGAAUAGAAUCAUGGUGAAUCUGCUGCUUUGUUUGUGCACUUUGGUUGAAAACUGUGUUAUACUUGUGUUUAUGUUGGAAACUGUUACUAGAAAGUGCCCAUGAUGUUGGUUUGUUUUAUUGUGUAUUUGAGAAACCUACUAAGCUAUUUCAAUUGUGGAACUUGAACAAUGAAUUCCAUGUAAGCUAUAUUGGUGCAGGUUUUUUUUCCAUGUAAUCUGCUGCUUUGUUUUUCACAAAAAUCAGCACUUUAGUUCAACAUAAACAUUCAUUUUUUGGUUUAAAUUUGGGCUUCAAAUCUGCAGCUUUCGGUGCACUUUGG